CAAAUAGAUAACUCCUGUCAAAAAAACAAACUGUCAAAUCCCUGAAAAUACUGCGAGCGGAGUUGACCUGCAGAUUAAUUAUAAUCUUCUGUAAUUUACCACAUCAAUAUGAACCUGAAUGAUGUCGAAGAUGAAAUUCUUUCACCGAAACAAGCGGACGCGCCAGAAAGUGCACGGAAGCGUAUGCGUUUAGACAACGGCCCUCGACCGAGUUGGAGCUUAGCAGAGAAAACAAAUGACGAGGAUGUUCUUCUUGAAAUGGGUGUGAGUCUCCUGGACCCCGAUGAGCUGGAGGCUGGGUGUGACAUUGCCACCUCUGCUAGCCUUAUAAAAUCAGGAUCAAAACGGAAACGCGACAUUGAGAAUGUGAACCCGAACGUCAACAGUGCUAAUAAAGCUUACAGGACAAGCCCGAAGAGGAGCCCUAAAGGCAAGCUGUGGAGCCCCGUGCCCGGCCCCUCCAUGCUGUCCAGCCCUGGAAGCGAAGAUAUGGGUAAAUCCGACCUCCCCGACACGGGCCCCCCGCUAGACGAGGAGACUCCGGAGGGGCAGCUGGUGCGCGCGCGCCGCUACUCGCCCGCCCAGCGCCGCGCGCCGCCGCCCAGCACCACAUUAUCAGUAAUAGAGGAAGAACAACCAUCAGUCCAAGGCCGGUUCUCCCCAGUCGGAGCUGAUGCCUUCGCAGCGCUGUCGGACGAGGUGAUGCUGAGCAUCUUCAAGUGGCUGCCGAAGAGGACGCUGGCACAUUGCAUGCUGGUGUGUAAAAGAUGGCACCGCAUAGCCAGCGACGAGACGUUCUGGCAGCGCCUAGACCUGGGCAACCGGAUCAUCAAGAAGGGAGCCCUGGGGAAGAUCCUCGCAAGGAAACCCGUCAUCGUGAGGCUGGCGGGGUCAGAGAUAGGCGCCUGGGACCCGCCCGCGCCCCUACAGUCCCGGGUUCAAUGCCUGGACGCGUCCAUGUGCAGCUGGGCCGGGCGCUCCCUACACCACCUGCUGGCCAGCUGCGCGCUCACCAAGCUCAGUCUGGAGGCAGCCGCGCUGGACGAAGAGGCCCUGAGAGCUAUAGCUCUCAGCACAAAGCUAGACACCCUGAAUCUAACAAUGGCGACCGGCAUCACCGCAGAAGGCCUGGCGCUCCUGCUGGACCAGUGCACCAACCUCCAAUCCCUCAACAUAUCGUGGUGCAGCCUGUCCGCGCCCGCACUCACCGCCCUGACACAGAAAGCCCCGCAGCGGCUGACGCGACUCAACGUGGCCGGGGCUAGACUGCUGACAGAUGAGUUGCUAUCCGCCCUAGCAGCCCGCUGCCCGCGCCUCGCCGAGCUGGACAUAUCGGACUGCGCGCGACUCACCGGCGCCUCGCUGCGUCCGCUGCUGACACUGCGGAGAUUGGAGCAUCUGGCGCUUUGCAGGGUGUAUCUGAUGCCACCGCCUUUACUUACUAAGCUAGGCGCCCUCCCCUCGCUCCAAUACCUGGAAGUGUGGGGCAUGCUGCAGGACUCCUCACUAGCGGCUCUCAAGGCGGCGCUGCCCGGGAUCCAGCUCAACCAGUUCAUGCACAGUGCCAUAGCCCGGCCGACCGUGGGCAGUCGGCGCACCUCCAUCUGGGGCCUGCGAACCAGAGACUGAACUAGCAACUACGAUAUUUAACUUAUUUAUAACUGCACUUUUUACACUAACGAGCGAUACUGUCUAGCAGGGGAGAGCUAGAGUCUGAUUACAGUGCCACAAACUUAUCUGUUCCGGUGAGAGCGAACUAAAUUGAUCUAUAUCUCAUAACUUACCUAUGAAUUAUAUAUUGAUAUAGAUUUGAUGGAUUUAUUAAAACCGAAAGGGUGAAUUACCACUACAGGCUAACUUAAAAUCAUAUAGAAUCAAAAAAUAUUAGACAUUUACGUGAUCUCUCACCGGAACAGAUAAGUUU